AUGACCGACAACAACUGUGCCCAAUACCCCACUACCUGCCAAAAUGGUUCACCACCUCGGAUAAUUGCUGGAUCUUUCAGCAGCUCUUCUCAAAACAUCGACGACAGUUACUUCACUGUUGACCUUCCAUUUCAGAUUUGUGUCUAUGGAACGUGCAGUACAAGGGUCAACCCCAGUAGCAAUGGUCUCAUCACCCUCGGAGGCUAUGGCGUAGCAGACGUCGUCAACUACAAUAUCCCUAAUUAUAUGAGUGGGGCAGUCCUUAUGGCCUUCUGGGAUGAUCUUUUCAUUGCUUGGGGCAGGCAACACUACAUGGACUAUAGCCUUUGCGGAGAUGCAGGGCAUCAUACUGUGACGUUCGAUUAG